UCGUGAACGCGCGGCGCGCCUCUGAGGGCGGACAUUGGGAUGGUGUGCUCUCAGUCACUCCUCCUCCUCCACUCAGCUCUACUCGCAUGUUUUGAUUCCUGAAAGUUCUUGUCGGUGGACCAGCUGUAAAAAUGUCCACUGUACCGCCACCAGCUAGUGACCGGUAUGUUUUCCGCCGACGGGAGUUUGAGGAGCUGCCGUCAGAGACCCAGAGACGCUGGAUUACGCCUCCUCAACAUGUCCCCGGUGCCCGGCAGCAGCCCGCACUACACCAGCAGCCACACCGACAACACCGGGUUGAUGGCAGCCGGACCCGACCCGGACCUCCCAGUGACCCCAGCACCAGAUGGCUCCAGGAGAACGACCCCACCACCAGAGAGCCUCAGCUGGACGACUGCGAGCGGAUGGGGACGCUGUUCGGGAUGCUCAACAAGUGUCUGCGGGCGAUGGGCUUCAGCCAGAUGUACUUUGGGGACAAGAUAGUGGAACCAGUAGUGAUUGUGUUCUUCUGGCUGCUGCUCUGGUUCCUGGGUAUCCAGGCCCUGGGACUGGUGGGAACUCUGUGCAUCAUCAUCAUCUACAUCCAGAAGUAAUGAGAGUGGAUGGUCAGAGUCGGAGCCUGCUGUUUUUCUUUCUUUAAUGCUUACAUAUGCGGGACUCAUUUCAUGCUAUUGGAUGUUUGGAUUGGAUUCUGCAGUGGAUCUGUGCUUUUAGAGGGGGGUGGGAGGGCAGCAGCUGUGGUACUGCUCUGUAGUGAUGGUGGCUCAGCAGGUUUCUAGAAAUGGUUGUUCAGUCAGUAAAUCCAAAGCUGGGUCCAUUCUUCAGGACCGUCAGGUCUAGAACAGGAGUGGUGACGUCCUUGAUUUAAAGGAACAUGAAGACAUUGUGGGGAAAUGGUUAGUUUCUGUUUGAAUCAGAGGCUGCAGAGAGGAGGCCAGGAGGCCCAGCACUCAGGAAACACAACUGCACACGUCUAUUUGUGGAGGGUUUCACUUUAAGCAGCAGUAGGCAGGUUGGAGCAAAUAUGAUUU